UGUGCUGUAAGCGUAUUGCAGGCUUCCACAAAAAAAGGAAAUUGCAUCCAUUACUGACGUACGAUUUCUUGCUUCGGGAAACCCUUUUGGUAAACUUCUGCAGCUGGAUUUCAUUUUCAUAUUUACAUAAAGGCUGAUGCAACGUAGCAUUAGCGAAGACUUUCCUUACAUCAUACGUCUUACAUACCUUCAUUUUGGCAAGAAAAGUGUAGGCAUGCAAACGACUUUCCCUUCCAUCAGGGGUCUUGCAUGCCUUCACUGGGGCAAGACAAAUCCAUGCAUGCAACCCUGCAAACUAUAAUGUGCAGCUUCUGUGCACACUUCCCUUCCUAAACCUCCGCCAUCCAGCUGUGCAAACUCACGGAGCUACAGCGUCCUGAUCUCCAAGGGGAGGUUUCUCUUUUUUAGCCAGUCUUAAAGUUCCGCCUUUUGGGACUUUCCUGCCCUUGGAAGUUUUUUUUGGGGACUCCAGGUUUCUAGUUUUUUUAACCUGUUUGGGUGUAGGCGGUCCGUAUUCCCUGGGGGCAAUCCCACGUGGAUUAUGGAUACAUAUUUAACACAGUGGCAGUCCACAAACAAGGUUACAGCUAAAAAGCGCAGUCCGCAUCAUGGAUUCAAACCCACACAUGCUUGACGAGGAGCAGUUCGCGUUUAGCGACGACACCACCACCACCACCAGAAAUUCCGGGUACAAAAGCGAAGAGUUCCGCAGGCUGCGAUUUGCGGUUGCUUGUUGCAUGCUAAGCAUUUUUAUCCUUGCAGUUGUAAUUGCUUUUCUUCUGGUGUGCAACCUAAGGGCUUCAGAUACUGGAAGAGUGGAACUCGUAGCUGUCAAUACCAGUGAGCAGGGCCUAAGUAGGACGAUGCAGGGCAUUAACCAUACAGGUAUUGAGAGUCUGCCCAUGGCACAUCUUACAGCUACAAAGACUAAUGACUAUCCUUCCGAAAAUUGGGACCCUGCACUUGAGUGGGAAGACAAAGAUGGUCUUGCAUUUACCAGUGGAAUGAAAUAUCACAACAAAGCACUGGAAAUCCCUAAAGAUGGUUACUAUUUUGUGUAUUCACAAGUGACUUUUAGAGCAGUAGAGGAAAUUAAUAAGUCCAUAAGCAAAACCAACAGUCCAUAUGCUACACAAAUUAUCACUAAAAUCAAACCCAGCUAUCCUGAUCCAAUUAAGCUCCUCAAAGGUGAAACAUCCAUUCCUGCCUCACAACAGAACUGGAGACAGACUGUCAGUCUGGGGGCUAUGUUUAAGCUCGAAGAAGGAGACAGACUGUUAGUAAAUGUAAGUAAUGUGAGUCUUGUUGACUACAGCAAUGAGUACAAAACGUAUUUUGGUGCUUUUUUGUUGCCAGACCUACAACACAAGCAUCUUCAUACGGAGUCCUGACUUUUGGUAACAGUACACAUUACUUAGACAAUGAAGUGCCUUUUGACUUAUUUGAAUCAUGAAACCAAUUUCUGUCUGUACUGCCUUUUUUCUGUGUUUCAGUUCGAUGUCAUUACUGUAAGAUUUGGAAAGGCUCUCCGAGCUUUGAAAUAUGUUUCCUAUUUGCAGUAAUGGCAUCCAUCUUUAAAAUAACAUUUAAUAGAACAAAAUCUUAAAUUUAGGUGGUGGGGAUAUGUGCUGUAUGUCAAUUUAAUAAAAAAAUCAGUCCUAGCUUCUAAGUAUGAAAUCUCAUAAACCUACAAUCUUGCCAUGCAACAGUAGAUACAAUUUCUAUAAUUUUAGGCAAGCACUGAUCUUUAAAGUACUUUUCAGUUCUAACCUCAAUUCCUGUGGAGGUGUGGAUGCUUGAAAUCAUGAUUUUCCAUUGUUUCUGUCUUAUCUUGCUUAACUACCCUUAUGUAAAUUAGAAAAUCCUGUUUUUUUCAUGACUGCAUUCCUUGAUCCCUCUAGAUUAUUAUUUUGUUCAUGUGGGUUACUAAUCUCCUUUGGUAGGUAAAUGAUUUACUUGCAAAUGGGUACUUUUCCAAAGCUUAAGGUGAUAUAAGUGUUAAGUAUUUCAAAGCUGACACAUGCCAUCUAAGUUCUGUAUUAAACUACUCAUUUCCCGCAUUACUGGCUUCCCCUAUGACUUUUUGAGUUGCAUCUGAAUGAGGCUACAAUUGGACAUGAGUAACAGAUUAUAAACUUGUCUGUAAAAAAAGAAAAGUAUUCUUCCAUUUGGGGGGCUUGCCCUCACCCCACCAUUCCUCAGAAUUUAUAUAACCACAUCCACAGUAGAACAAGCAUAAAGGAUGAAGCAUCCAAAGGAAAGGAAUUACUGCUGGUGAAAAAUUAAA